AAAGACCAGCCCCCUCUCUUUCACUCAACUAACUCUGGUGGAUCCUGCAACUGCAGCUCCAAGUAGGUUUGAAGGGUGUCCCUCUGUGUGAUCUUGACUUGUCAAGUCUUGGAAUCUUGGGUGGAUACGAACACGUUUUUAUAGAGUGGACUGUCUGGUUUUUCCUGCUGCUUUUGUGUGAGGAAGUGACGGCAAGAUGGCAGUUUCACGCAGCUGGCUGUUGGGGCUUAUCGUAGCUCUGCUUUGCACUGGAGCGUUCAAGGAUUCUGCGCAGGCUGAAGAAAGGCUGCAAAGUGAGGAAGCCGGGGAGCUGGGAGGUCUGGAGCCUACUGGAGGUGAGAAAGAGGAGGUGGCUGAUGAUGAGGAAGGUGGAAACACAGCUGAUGACGCAGGAGUAGAUGGGGAAGCAGAGGAUGAAGACGUGUCACCAGAAGCGGAGAUAACGGAGGAGGAGGAAGAAGCCGCUGAGACUGAAGUGGAGGAAGCUGAGGAGGAAGGAGCAGAUGAAGAGGAGGAUGAUGAGACAGAAGAAAUAGAAGAUGAACAAGAAGCUGCAGAGGAAGAUAAUGAGACUGGAGUAGAUGAAGAAGAAGCAGCAGUAGAGGAAGAUGAGACCGGAGAUGUAGAAGAUGAACAAGAAGAAGAGGAAGAUGAUGAGACAGGAGAAGAAGAAGAUGAACAGGAAGCAGAGGAAGAUGAAGAGGAGGAAGAGGCAGAUGAAGAAGUAGCAGAGGAUGAGGUAGAUGUAGAAGAAUUAGAAGAAGAUGAUAAUUCAGCACAACAGACAGCAGAGGAAGAAGAAACCACAGCAGAAGAGGAAGCACAAGGUGAGGAAGAGGAAGAUGAGGAAACGAUAGCUGCUGAUGAAGAUAAUGAGGAGGCUGGAGAUGAAGAGACUGUAGUUGAGGAUAAUGCUGAAGAAACUGCUGAGGAGGAAAAUGUAGAGUCAGAAGAGGUGGUCUCCAUGGAGGAUGAACAGUAUACAUCAGGCUCUUUCUGUGGCCUUUGCUCAGUCUGUGAGCACUGCGGCACCUGUGACAAAUGUCCCUGUGAGGAAGGAGACACAUCAGCACACUGCCAUCACUGUGAAGAUUGUUCCUACUGCUACAUUUGUCCUGUGAUCUGUGAGACAGUCUGCCAGCCAGGUGGAAUUCUUGAUGUAAUGAGCGGUUCUCUCUACCAGACGGUGAAGACGUUACUCUGAAUACGUUUGGUGUUCUUCACAGCGCCAUCUUUUGGUGAACAGAGGAACUACAGACUCUUGGUCAAAUAAUUCACUUGUAGGCCCAACUAUUUGUCUGACCAGAUCUGGGGAUUUUCACACUGAGGCUAAUAAUGGGAGUUGACAAUCUACUAUAUCCUAGAUGUAACUGAGGAACUGCCAGGAUCCUAAUGUUUACCAUUUAAUGAAACUUUAAAGGUGACUUUACGUGCUGCAUUAAGUGAAUAACAAUUAAAUAUGAUUAAGUGCAAAGGUUCUUAAAUAAUAUUAUUUUUUACUGUAUUUGUGAUCAAAUAAAUACAGCCUUGGUGAACAUAAGACUCUUCUUUAAAAAAAAAAAAAAAAAAAAAAAAUCAUACUGACCCCAAACUUUUAAAUGGUAGUAUAUAUAGAAUAAUAAUAGUGAAAAAUUUAAUGUAUCAGUUCCGUCUGGUAUUAUACCCCAAAUCAUAAAGUGUCAUUCUGGUUUCAGAUUAAUCAGUGUCAAUCUCAGUAAAUGGGUACAAUUUAUGAGUGUGUGAAUAAACAGAAUAAACACAAUACAGUAUUAAAUAAAUAAACACAAUAGAGUAUAGUGAAGAAACAUCAGCAUAUUAUAUUCAUACAUUUUUUUUAUGCUUUUUAUACUAGUUCUUAUUAAAACUAAUGACACCCACACUUUGCUAUCCUAUGCUCAUACAACAGAAACCUCUUUCUUAAAGGCAUGGAAAUUUGGUUGAAGUAUGGAAACUUCUUCUAAGUUCUAGCCUUCUCUGAAAGUCAUGUAAUGGAUAGUGCAUUGAAAUAAGCUAUGUUUAUUGUAAUUAUAGAGCUAGUGAAUGCCGAAGAAGACUCUUGUUGUCAGUUUAGGUUUGUUCAUUGCAAGCCGAAAAACUUAGAAGUGAUAAUGACAGACAGCAUGGCAACAAAAGUUCAAGCCAGCUUCAUUGUGAUUUUUUUUUUUUUUAUUGUGAGGUGCAUUUGCAGUGUGCAUCCACUAGAGGGCAGUAUUAACAUUUCAAUUCACAAUUUAGUUAGAAAGUAAUGAAAAAUGUUGCUUUGGCAACUGGCUGAAAUAAUACAAGUUUAAGUUCAUUUUAUUUUAUUCAAGCAACAUUUUUUAAUGGUUUUAAUUAACUAUAAUUUAUCCUGCUGAUAACAUCUUAGAUAUUGAGCCAAUGCUUGUCCAGCAAUUGUGGUUAACUAAUUAUAAUUGUGGCAAAAUGUAUAAUUACAGUGCAGUGAUUAAACUAAAUUUGAUGUUCA